AGAAAUGGAUGAAAUCGAGGAAGAACCAGAUGGUUUGUGCAUUAGUGGAAUAGAAUCGUUCAAGGACUUCGAUAUAGAUACCGCAGAAGAAAGCGAUGGCAGUUAUCCUGCAAUAAAUGAAAUUUCGCUUCCUUUGCCGACACAGACAAAGUGCAACGAUGACAAUGAUGUCGAGCCAGUUGUACGUGAAGAAUCUGCUUUCAUCACACUUCCAAAGUAUAUAGUUCGUGAGAAACAUGUUGGGGACAGUAGCGAUUUCUUUGACGCUUCUCCAUCACAAAUCAAGGACUUCCUAUUGGCGCAAGUGCUAGGCAUACGAGCUUUCGUCUUUGUUUUGCAACUGCUUUUCAAUUCAUGGGAUUUCUCAACCGAUGCAUUUAAGGGCAUUUCUGCUGAAGAAGAUGAGCUUUCUUGGCUGGAUCAUCUAAUACAUCGUAUCUUCGCUGGGUUCAAACGAUGGGACGCUGUGCAUAUGCUGCAUAUUGCACAGCACGAAUAUGUAUUCGAAAACAGCCUAGCAUUCUUUCCAUUUUAUCCUAUGACGAUUAGGUUGCUAUCUAUGGCUUGGGCAACUCCGUUUGUUCAUUUUGGUAUUCUUCACGUAUCGUCGGCAUUGCUAAUAUCCGCAGUGGCGAUAAACUUGAUCUGUUUUAUCGCAGCAGCUGCAGUACUUUACCACAUAGUGCGUCUAGUAUCACACUCUAUGAAACAAGCCGUUAUAGCAGUGCUUUUAUUUUCUGCAAAUCCGGCAUCUAUCUUUUUUUCAGCUGCUUACACGGAGUCGCUUUACUGUCUACUUACCUUUACUGGAAUUUGGUUGCUUUUGGAAGAAGACCAUCCAUUCUUCAUACGCUAUCUUGGCUCUUUACUUUGCUUCAGUCUCGCCUAUGCUACUAGAUCUAAUGGUUUAAUCAAUCUGGGUUAUGUGGGCUUUUUCUGCUUGCGUGAGUUCGCAUUUUCAUCUGAUGCAGAGAAUCCACACCAGUUACGCGUAAUUCUCAAAAAACCAUUGCCUAUCAUCAUCACUAGGGCUUCAAUAUUCGCUUCUCGUAUUAUUCUAGCAUUGCUUUCAAUCUCAUUGCCAAUCUACAUCCAUGGACGUCGCCAGCAACUCGCUUUUUGCUCACAGUCAUCCGCUACCAGCAUUCCAGUCACUUUGCAAAAAUUUGCGCUUGAUCAUCGUUUGGUGACCGUUGGAAAAACGGAUGCAAUUGAUUGGUGCAAUGUGUCAUCCUCAAUAUUCCCGCCAUUCUAUGCAUCAAUUCAAUCGAAGUAUUGGCAAGUCUCCUUAUUUGGUUACUGGCAGUUGCGUAAGAUCCCAUGUUUUCUGAUGGCAGCACCAGCAUUCUAUUUGGUUGCGUUUGGCGUGAAGCAAACAUGGCAGAGAGCAUUGUCGAAGAAAAGUCUCUUACAUCUUCUAGCUGAUAAAGGCGACCUCGUACCGUACACUCUUCAUGCAAUGUUCAUGGCCUUUGGAGCACUGUUUGUGUAUAAUGCAGAGGUUCUUACAAGAAUGCUUUUCUCUAGUUCGCCUUUUUCUUACUUGGUGCUUGCGCAAUGGAUUUCGGACAUAACACCACAGGUUCGCCUAUCUGAUCUGUUUGUUCCACAACCAUUUCCAUUCUUUACGUACUUCUGCCGAAGAGGAUUGCCAGAGUUUCUGCUCUAUUUGUAUCUCAUGGUGUAUCUAGUAUUCGGCACGACAAUGCACGCUAUGUGGUUACCAUUCACAUGAUUCUCUUAGUCCCGGUGAUACACUGAAACGGUGUUCAAAUGAUCUCCUUUCUCAGUGCGAGUAUUACUCUGCCCACUUAUGCUAGCUAGUCAUUCAUGUCGAUUUAGUGCCAAUGAGUGAAUGAUCUCAAAGUAAUAGGUUGUGAUUUGGUGCUGAACGAAUGAACAUGUGCAAUGAUG